UGGAUAUUUUGUCAGACGCCGUUAUCUGCUUGCCAGAAUAAAAUGACUGCAUGACACAGCGCACGGGGGCUGAUGUGACAGGAAGCCUGCGGCACAGCUACCCGAAUGCUGUACUCAAGUGAGGUUUCCUCUUCUUCGCCUUCGCUCGGCCUCAGGACCCGGCAGCUUCACGGUUUGUUAAAGGCAUAGCCAUGUACCCAGCCUGAAGCCAAUGGAUGUUGGGUUCCGCUCCGGGGGGCAGCGGCGGCGGCCAGUGUGGGCAGCGCUAGUUCUGGCCCUGGCUCUGCUCAUCUCGUUCUGCCUGGGUGCUCUGUCUCUCUGGCAUGUCCUGGCUCUGAAACACGAGGUUGCAGAGUUGCGAUCAGAGGUUGCUUGGAGGAGGACCCAGCAGCAGCCUGGUGAACCUGGGGAUGCCCAGGCGGCGAGAGGCGAUGAGGCGGUGUCUGUGAGCCAGCUAUUGUCCAAACCCACGGUGCUCGUCCCCGGAGUGAAUGAGAAGGCAGCACCGCUUGCACAGACAAGCAGCGGAACCAUGGGUGAGGGAUCAGUCUUGCAGCCUUGCUUGCAGAUGAUGCCAGACCGCAGACGCAGCGCCGUCCGCCAAGAACACACCACCAUCUCCUGGCAAGUGGGUCUGAGGAGGGGAAGUGCACUGGUGGAGCAUCAAAAUACCAUCCUUGUGCGAGAGGAAGGGUUCUACUUUGUGUACAGCCAGGUGUUCUACACGGAUAAAACCUUUACGAUGGGUCAUGUCAUUAACCGCAUAAAGCAUAACAUUGUUGGCAAUGAAUUACAGACAGUGACUUUAUUCCGCUGCAUUCAGACCAUGAAUCCAGUCUUCCCCUACAACACCUGCUACACGGCAGGGAUUGCAAAACUGGAGGCAGGGGACAGCGUGGAGCUGCUGAUCCCUCGCCAGUCUGCAAACAUCUCCCUCGAUGGAGACUCGACGUUCUUUGGAGCUCUUAGACUGUUGUGAUCGAGGUCCACCCCGGCCCCCCCUGCCAUCCGGCUCCAGGCACUGUGCUGUGGGGACUCUGUCUGUGUUAAGAGCAGGGUGACCACCUGAGACAGGACAGGAAGCCCCGUGGCUUGCUCGGGUGUAUUGGCUCUGCAAACUGUACACGCAGAAUGGGAAGAAGGUUCUGGGAUGUUUCACACAGGAAGCAGGCGGAGGUGCGAACCGCUCUGAAGAAAGUACCAGACGGCACCGGUCCCUGCCUCUGAGUGAACUGCUGAAACUGAAGCAAGGCCCACGUCAUCGCCACAUUGUUUCAAAGUUUGCAUUUAUGCCGGUGUUCACUUCACAGAUGCCCUUAUUACAUUCUUAAAAUAAAAAUAACGGCAGUGUCCUGUAACAUUCUCAAAGGGACAAGCACACUGUCCAUUAUUUCUCUUCUGCAAAAAAUAUAAAUUACUGAGGGAGAGGACACAACUCUACCAGUAGAUGGAAGCCUUGUUCAAUUAUUGCAAUAAUGAAUGAAUGAAUGAAUGAAUGAAUGAAUGAAUGACAUGAUUAAUCCCAGAGGGAAAUUAAUUUGGCUGCAGCAGCAUACCAGGCAUAACAUACAUACAUGCGUACAGUACACACACAUAUGACGUAUAUGCACCUGUAAGCAAACCUAUGAAGAGGUGGGGAAAAAAGUAACAAUGUGAACAAAGUGAAUGAAUAGACGGACAUGUCUAGAUGCAGCAGGAGGAGGACUGGAUUGAAGGGAGAUGCUCCAGGAUGUGGAGCCACUGAGAAAAAAGUGCGGUUUUGGUGAACGUGGAAUGUAAUCGAUGACCAUUUUUUUCGUUCCUUCAGCCUGUUUCUACAAUCGGGCAUACAUAGAAUAUGAAGGAAAGGUUGGGAGAGGAAAGAUUAACCACUCAAAUUUACAUUCAAACAGUGCCAAUUUUAUGUUUCAUGCACAUAUUGGUUAUUGAUAUGAUGCAUUUUCGACCCUCCGAUGUACUGGCGUCUCCUCCAGGGUGUAACCAUUGUAGCCUGACUUCCUAUGUCUCCGGGAUAGGCUCCAGACCACCGCGACCCGGACUUGGACAAGCAGUUAAUG